AUGGAAAGUUUCCGGUCGCUAUUCCUCUUCAACAAAGCAGUCGGUUUCGGUGCCUACACCUUUCGGUUGUCCGGUUCGAACGAGAACGGUCGAAUGGUUUCAGCCUGGACACGCUCCGGACUGACACUGUUUGCGAUGAAUUUGCCCAUCUACGCCUAUUUCGCCUACCGGAAUGUCAACGCACCGUACCUCAGCAGUGGUUCUGCCCUCCUGGAUAGCUGCUUCCAGACGAUGCUGGAAGUUGGUUACGUUUCGCUGCCGGUCGCAUCGAUAUUUCGGCUGACCAAAAGAACUCUCCUGGCGACUAUUUUGAGUCGCCUGCGGUGGAUCGAUUUGCGAAUUAGUGCACUGGGAAUUCCGGUGGACCACGGUUACGAGAACCGAGUGUUGGUACUUUGCACCGUUUUCUACCUGAUCGUCGUUACCGUGGCCAGUGUGUGCGCGUUGGUACUGCUGGGGAACUUUUGGAGUACUCUGAUGUUCUACGGCGGAAAGAUUUACAUAAGCUACGUGGCCUCGGUUCUGGCCACGAAUGCAUUCGUCAUGGCACUGGUGCUGCUGCGGAGAAUUUGGUUUCUGGAGAAAGUGCUGAGACAAGAUUUGGGUAUUAGCAAAUUUUCUACAGUUCAAAUUACCCGUCCCAAAUAUCCUCCGGAAAUGUUGCAGACACGAAUAUCAACCGUAGCACAAAUCUACGAUGAUUUGUACCAAUUAUCGAACAAAAUAAGCUUACUGUUAUACGUCGAGGUGAUAUUCUACUGUACCAUUGUGUUGAUAUAUGGCAUCCUGUCCCUUUUUGCUGCAUAUCGAGCGGUUCGGACAGGUCAGGAUGAGCACAUUGCCUGCUGCGGAAUGCAUACCAUCUGGUGGUUUGAAUACUGCGGUAUCAUAAUAGCGAUUCUCGUCGUCUGCAACUCGUUAAAGCAGGCAUCCAAGGACGUACAGUCCGUUCUGGGAGUGGCGCUCACCCGGGAGGGAACCGGAAUGGUGGCAGUAAAGAUACGAGCGUUGAUGCUACAAAUUAAGCACAACACUCCCAGGAUCACAACCUGGUUAUUCGAAGUGGAUUUAUCGAUGGUUGGCACCAUGGCAUCGUUUCUGUUUAUGAUGGUUCAGUUCGACAGCUAG